AGAAGAAGUUGGCAUUACAUUUCCAGAAUCUUUGCCUAUUUAAACCUGAAAACAGUAAAAACAAUCCAAAGUGGACGGAAAGUACCAGAAGACUGUAUGUUUAAGGCUUCAGAAGAAAAAGACUGCAGAGCGGAGUCAGGCUGCAGCGUCACAGUGAAAUAUGAAUGGUCUGAAGCCAUGAGAGGUUGAGACAGCCUCGUCAAAAGCUGUCACCACGGCGGGGGACCUACGAAUCUCCGUGUGCAAGGUGGUCAUCUACCUCCAGAGGAACAUGUCCGGGGAACGCUGCCUACCGCAGAAUCAUAGCCAGGAUGAUCCCUCCUCUCCACAUCCCCUUGUGUUUUGUCCCAAGACCAAAACCUGUAGUUACCGAGGAGCAGUGACUCUGGGCAACAAGUAUGUCCGACUCAAUGUUGGAGGGAUACUCUUUUUCACCCCGCUGCAGGUCCUCACCAGCCAGAACUCACUGCUGGGAGCCAUGUUCGGUGGAAAGACGGAAGUCUUCACUGAUAAGGAAGGUUGGGUCCUGAUUGACCGGAGUGGAAAACACUUCAACAGUAUUCUGAAUUAUCUGCGUGACGGUACCGUCACCUUACCCAAAGGUCGUCAGGCUGUUCAGGAGCUCCUGGCUGAGGCAAAGUACUACCUCAUCCAGGGCCUUGUAGAGCUCUGUCAAAAUACUCUGCAGGGUAAUAAAGAGCAACCUAUGUGUAUCAUACCUGUGAUUACUUCCUGUAAAGAAGAGGAAGAGCUCGUCCAGUCAUCCUCAAAGCCUAUAGUGAAGCUGUUGUACAACAGAAGCAACAACAAAUACUCCUAUACCAGCAACUCGGAUGAUAACCUGCUGAAGAACAUCGAGCUGUUUGACAGGCUGUCCCUCAGCUUCAACAGCCGUGUCCUCUUCUUUAAAGACGUGAUCGGACAUGAGAUCUGCUGCUGGUCCUUCUAUGGUCAGGGUCGCAAGCUGGCGGAGGUCUGCUGCACCUCCAUUGUCUAUGCCACAGAGAAGAAGCAGACCAAGGUGGAGUUCCCUGAAGCUCGCAUCUAUGAGGAGACUCUGAACACUUUACUUUAUGAGACCUUGCCACUGCCAGACAACUCCCUGCUGGAGGCCACCCGGCGAAGCUACAAUAACUGUGGUUCUCUAAGCGAGGAAGAGGACGGGCAUGGGGGGACGGAACUACGCGAGCGCGUCCGCAGAAUCCACAUUAAGCGAUACAGCACGUAUGAUGACCGCCCACUGGGACACUGAGACUCAAAACCACUGUGCUGCUACUUUUAUUCAAGCAGGUUGUGAGCUGCAUGUAACCUCAUGUCAACUUCUGCACUUUGUCCUUCAUUAUCAAAAACUACAUAAAUUACUCAUAAUUCCUGA